AUGCUAUGGUUUCCAACUAGAGUGCUUUCGAAUUUCACAUUCUCUGCUCGUUUUAUUCGUCGUCUCGCAGCUCAGAGUCAGACGCGCUUCUGCACAGCGCCACCAUCAAACGUGAACAAUCUGCCUAAAACUAUGGCUCAACCGAACGACAAGUUCUUUGCUGACGAAUGUCCUGAAUCGAAGGCUCGUAUUGAGACCGAAUGGCUUGUUCGUUAUCCGGACGCAAUGGAGAGAAUCAUUGCCAGCCAAUCUGAGAUCACCGAGUUGGGGCAGCGCGAACAAAAGCUGCUCACGGUACUGGAUAGCUUGAAACAAGCAGGAAAGGCUUCGAGCAAAUAUGCUCAGGAAAUCUUCAGCGACUUGCUUCAAUGCAAGUCCGACCUGGUUGUUUUCAAACAUUUGAUCGGCAAGUGGGUUGAGGCAAUGAAGAUGGCUAAGCCAACGAAGGGAGCCUCUGAUGAUGCUGUCACCAGUUCGCCAUCAAGUUCUAGCCACGGAUCAUCAUCAAAGAACAGUGAAUCUGCUGGUUUGGAAGCCAAUACCCCACGGAUGCCCUAUGUAUUUGGAGCGCUAAAAAGUGGUGCUAAAGAUGAUGAACCCAUGGAUGCAUUCAGGCGUGAAUGGUUGCUGAUGCAACCGCAGACGUCUAAAUAUCCUAAUCAAGAGUGCUCCAGGACCGGCUCUGGAUCGAUGAAGGCUUACCAGGAGGAGAAACGUCGGGUUAUGAAGGAAAAAGCUGAGCAGAAGGAGCAGCGUCGGAUUGUGAAGGAGAGAACUGCGCAAGAAAUCGGAAAUGUAGAAAAACACUAUCAGCAGAAGUAUCUCCACAACACCCAUAGGGAUCGAGAGAUUCUGAAGGCGUUCGGACACAAGAAUCCGGAGAUGUUGAGCUAUGAAGACAUAGGCAAGAUGGUGAACACCAUCAAGGAGAAGACAAAUAUGAAGACAAUGGAAGUUCAAGCUCUAGGAGAGCAACUUAUUGCUGAGAGAGACUUGAAGAAUCGCAAACGCCUUAUAAAAGAAUGGGAAGAGUUGCUCGAAACGGUUCAUGCUGAUAAAAUGGUCCCGCUUCUCGACAAUCUCGGUGACACAAUAAUGAAAACUGAGAGGAUGAAACAUGAGAUGGAAAACCUCAAGUUGGCAGAGCGUUUGGAUGAGGCUACAAAGUACCGUAAGCUGGCUCUGGCUGCCAGUGAGAAAAGCAAGAAGUGCGAGGACCUUCUGAAGGCUUUGAUGUCGGAAGCCGAAGAACUUGACAAUAUCAUGAAACAGAUGCGUGCUUGUUCUGUUACCAUGGAGCCGCCACGUCACUACAUGCCAUGCAACGUACUCUGCAGUGGUGCAAUCUCGUUGCAUCCAUCAAUGAAGAAAACCAACGAGUUUGUCAGAAAGGGACCGAUGGAUGAUCAAUUGGAAAAGUGGACGGCAAUUAAUGGUGGUUAUACGCCAACUAAUGACUACUAUAGACCAUCCUACUACUUGCCAAGAGAUGUAUACCAGCAAGCAAAAGCUUCGUGUGCUGGGCCAGUUGAAGCUCCAAUCUUCAAAGGACCAUUUUACAAGGCUCCAGUAGCCGAAGUGCCAUUGGUGAAGUCGCAAGAGUUGGCCGAAGAGCCUUUGGUCAACGCCCCAGCCGCCGACAUCCCAAAAAUCCAAGUCGAUCCAAUUGUGGCAGAUGUUGGAUAUAAGCUUUCUCUCAAAAAAUUGUGCAUGGAGGAGGUGCGCAAGAAUCAAGACAAGAAUCAAGGCAAGAAAGACGUGCUGCAAGAAAUAAUCAGAGAGUCUACCAUGAAACAUGCUGCUGAUCUAACCGAUCACUUUCGUGCUCUUCUGGCUUACAAAGCUUCUGCGAAGUUGACCGACGCUGAGCUCAGGUCGAUCAGAGAAGAUCUGGAGUCUGGAGACUACGAGCGUGCCGCUGCCGCUAUGGGCAACAUGGUCGCUCACUACGAGAAGCUUAAGAAAAUGAAGAAAUAA